AUGGCCUUCGACAACGAAAUCAUUCUCGCCUCGUCACAGAAGGGGUCGGCUGCGUUUCUCAAUAGUCGCCCCAAUAAUCCUGUCAGCGAGACCCUAGACCUCUGUCAGACAAUUUGGAGAGAUCGAGUUCUCGCUCAAGACCCCGAAGACGAAGAAAAAGCAGGCCAAGACCAUCUCAAUGAGCGUAAAUGUGGCGAGGUUUCGACCUUCUUUCAGUAUUAUCAGAUACAUGACAAGAAGAUAGCCGAUCUAGACCCACAGGCCCGAGUGACAACAGUCAUCCGAACAGGAAGGCCUGGCGACGUGGGUCACAGAAUCAUCCCGGGGUGUGGAACAGUUCAAAACUCAAACCCCCCUGAGGACCGUGAUGAUGCUUGGGGAUGUAACUUAUUGGUAAGGCAUGCAAACAUCGAUGUCGACUAUUUCUUAAAUGACGUUGAGCCGGAACCAUACAAGUUGGACGAGAUAGCGGGAGGCAUCAAGAAAAUCGGCCAGAUCCAGAUGCAUCCCUGCAAUGCGGAUAAGAAGGUAUUAUGGAGUGUGGGUGGUGAUCUUUGA